AUGCCUCACACGUACCAGGUACCAGAGACACUGACAAUAUUUACGGGACCCUUACACAGUUUUCCAUGGACAGUGAAAUUCGAGGCACCGGUAGCCUCACAGGACGAAGGACUUGCUGUAGGUUCUUCGCUUGCUCCCUGCGCUCGGGGGGGCGGUAACCCUGAUCUCGCUGGCAAGAACAAAGAGACGGAUGCCACCCUACGCGGCGGAGCUUUGAGCCUGGGUGGUAGUCAACGGUUAUACGAGGGCCAACUUGUCUCACUGGCCCUCCAAGAUGUCACGCUGAGCUGUGAGCUCAGCAAGGGGGUUUCUGACCCAGCCAAUAGUGUCCAUAAAGUCUCGGGCAAAACGUGCGCUAUAUGCCGCAAGAGCUUCACACGGAAGACGUCGCUGCAGACCCAUAUGCUCAUACACACAAAGGCAAAACCCUACCGAUGUCCCUAUAGAACUUGUAACAAGACAUUCAACGUUAAAAGCAACCUCUAUAGGCAUGAGCGAAUACACAAGCGAAACUGUUCCUGA